GUUAUCAAUAAACAGCAGCAAUCAUCCAUUGCACCUCUGGUCAACAUGGCUGCCGCAAUCAAGGCGCUGAAUGCGCGGAUACGCGCCAAUCCCACGCUGGACUACUUCUGCUCAACUCACUUUUGGGGUCCAGCUUCAAACUUCGGUAUCCCCAUUGCCGCAGUCAUGGACACCCAGAAGGAUCCUGAGAUUAUUUCAGGACCCAUGACCGGUACCCUCAUCCUCUAUUCCAGCAUCUUCGCUCGCUACGCUCUGGCCGUCACACCAAAGAAUUAUCUCCUCUUCGGGUGCCACGUCAUCAACUGCAGUGCGCAAAUUACACAGGGCUACAGAUAUCUCAAGUACUGGAAGUUUGGAGGCCGUGAAGCGGCGCUAGAGCAGAAAGCCAAGGAGGGGGCUUCAGCUGCGAAGGAUGUAGCCAAUAAGGGUGUCGAAGCUAUCAAGGACGCGGCGAAGGAUGUCAAGGACAAGGUGACAAGCUCAUAGCGUGCCGUGCCUCAAAGAGGUUACCAAGCUAAAGAAUCUUUCCUGGGCCUUUGAAGACAAGUCUCGCGCAGAAGAGGUCGAAAUGUUCGUUAAGCGUAAACUCUAGAGCACAGAGCAAAUGGGAAAGUAAUUUGAUUACCUGUUCACAACCAGUCCGCCUUGUCCCAACAUCAACCUCUGAAGUCUAUAACUACGCAUACACGCUGUCAGUUUCCUGUCCGUCCACCACGCAAAGCGUCAAUCCAAAGAUGCAGUCGGCUUUUGGCAACAAGAACCUAGUCUAGAAGUAUUCAGUGCGAAGCGCUAAGAACUACUUUGUUGGGACGGGUUGAGGGGUUGGUGCUGUGUGAUCUUCAGCGAAGGAUUUGGCCACGCGUUCGUGAUUGGCGUUAGUAUAGAUCAGGGAAAAGCCAUAUCUCAGGUAUAUGAAUGUGGGAAGUUUCUUGGAUAUACAGAAUUACAUACACCUAACAUCAAAGACAUGUCUACAUUGCCACAGCAGUAUUUAAAAGCAGCGAGCAUAUAAAGAUCUAAGCACC